CUACUCCAAGCCAGAGAGAAGCAGCAAACUCUGAAACAACGUGAGACCCCUCACACCUCACCAUGCUCUGCUUUCUUCUAUUAACACUGUCCAUCGUGGCGACGGCGGACCGCGCGCUCCGCAGCUGCGGCACCUGCGACCCGAGUCAGUGUGAGCCGCUGCCUUCCGAGGGCUGCUCAUCCGGGCUGCUGCUGGACGCGUGCGGCUGCUGCACUGUCUGCGCGUCUGGAGCUGGUGAGCCGUGCGGGGGACGCGGAGCUACAGCCAAGCGCUGCGCAUCCGGAUUCGAGUGCGUCAAGAGCGACAAAGACAAGAAGAGUAAACACGGGGUCUGUGUGUGCAAGAACAACUACCCAGUGUGCGGUUCCGACGGUGUCAACUAUAAAACCGGCUGUGAUUUGAAAGCAGCAAGUGUGAAAGCCGUGAGUGACAAAAAACCCGAGAUUAAGAUUCUGAAUAAGGGCAAAUGCGCUCAAGCACCUGUUAUUGUGACUGCUCCUGGAGAGAUCUGGAAUGUGACUGGUUCACAGGUCUUCCUAAGCUGUGAAGCCACCGGGAUACCAACACCUGUGCUCACCUGGAGGAUGGUAUCCGAUGGCAAGGGAAAAACUGUGCCACUCCCUGGGGACAAAGACAACCUGGCUGUCCAGACCCGUGGGGGCCCCGAAAAGCAUGAGGUUACUGGCUGGGUGCUAAUAUCUCCUCUUACCAAGGACGAGGCCGGUUCCUACGAAUGCCACGCCAGCAACAUUAAGGGCGAAGCAUCGGCUGUAGGCACCAUCCACGUGGUGGACUCCAUUAAUGACAUUCCUCCAAAGAAGGUGGCAAAAGAUGACGAGCUGUAAGAGGUUUCUGGUGAAGAGUCCUGCUGUAUCAGAUAUUGAGGAAAAAUACUGAAUCCUCAUUGCUGACUGCACAUUGGCCAUGGGGAAAAGCACUUAGCAUUUUGUGUUAUCACUCCUUACACACACACACAAAGCCUAAACCAUACAAAGUAAUUCACACACGGGCACUUUAUUCUAUAGAAGUUGCUCAGGCACACCCAUAACAAACAGACCCCAACAUUUCCAUUCCUUCAUUCAUAAUGUUACCUCACUCUAUAGAUAUUGUAAAGCCCCACAUUUUAAGCCAAUGUCAUUCCAUUAUAAAGAAAGAAUUUAAAGUGAUUUAAUUGCUGUAGAAAUAUCUAUAGACUUCCUUCCCAUUGGUUCUUACAAUUAAAUUAAAUGUUGUCCUUCUAAAAGUCUAAGCAUCUAAUGCAUUUGUUUUUAUGUUUUGACAUUUGUAUUUCUCUACUGAAUAAACAUGCACUUUGCAUGGCA